AUGGCACUUGAGAUAAUAGUAAUCGACAGUGCCAUCACGACCAGACAAGAAACAAAUGCCCAAUCACUUGAUAUCUCUAACUCAAAGCCAUCAAAAUCUUCCAUUUUAACUAGGCUUCAUGCAGGCUAUUUCAGAAUAACCCUCUCUAUUGCUGCCCAAGCUUUAGUAUGGAAGAUUUUGAGUGAACCCAACGUCAAAAAUGAUCCAUCAAAACAUGUCUCUGAUGUACUUUGCAUAGUCCCUUCUAUAGCUUUUCUCUUGCUUUGGUGGUUUGCUCUUUUAGCCCAAGUAUCACUAUCUUUCCUCUAUAUUCUCAGAUGUUUCUUUCACUUUCACUUGGUGAAGGCUGAGUUCUUGAAUCAUGUAGCUGUCAACUACUUAUAUGCUCCAUGGAUAUCGCUCCUUCUUUUGCUUCAAUCAGCCCCGGAAAGUGUCCACCAUGCUCUUAAUAUCAUUCCCUUCACGGUUCUUUGUUGGAUAUUUGCCAUUCCAAUUUUGAUCCUUGAUAUAAAGAUUUACGGCCAGUGGUUUACCACAGAGAAGAGGUUUCUAUCCAUAUUUGCAAAUCCAACUAGCCAGAUUUCGGUGAUAGGGAACUUUGUGGUGGCGCGAGCUGCUGCACAUAUGCAAGGGAAGGAGAGUGCUCUUUGCAUGUUCUCUCUGGGGAUGGUGCACUAUAUGGUACUCUUUAUAACGCUUUACCAGCAUCUAUCAAAUAGAAGUCAUUUCCCUACAAUAUUGCGACCAACUUUCUUCUUGUUCUUUGCUGCACCGAGCCUGGGAAGUUUAGCUUGGUACUCGAUUACGGGAGCUUUUGAUACCACCUGCAAGAUGCUUUUCUUUCUGGCUUUGUUCCUCUUCAUUUCUCUGGCUUGUAGACCAGUUCUUUUCAAGAAAGCAGUGAGGAAAUUCAAUGUAGCAUGGUGGGGAUUCUCGUUCCCAACAACAUUUCUGGCUCUGGCCUCUAUCCGAUACGCGCAGGAGGUGAAAGCUGAAGUAGCAGUAGUACUGAAACUUGUGAUAACAUCUUUGUCAGUUCUAUUUUUCAUUGGGUUGAUGGUGCUCACUGCAGCCAAAACCAGUAGGCUUUUGCAAGAAGAUGAUCCCCUAAUGAGUUUUGUUAAUAAUUCGAAAUCAAAGACUUCUGCUCUGCAGAAGGUGGAAGAAACUGUAAAUGGGAAAAGAUAAUCACAAGCUAUCUUAAAUCUUGAUCUCCAUUUGUAAAUAAGGCCGAGCU